AUCGCAUUCACCAUCGUCUGUCUGCAUUCAUGACGCUGAGCCCGAUUGAGCGUCGCAGGCGAUGGACGCGCGCGCUCGCUCGCAUUCAAACUCCACUCGCGUUGCUCCUGUGGCUCGGUGGCAUUGCGUGGCUCGUCGCGCUGCCCUUCCUGCACGUCCCGCGAACAUACAUGUCCGAAAGUGCACUGGCAGUCGACCAUCCAAAGAUGUCGUUCGGCAACGCAUUGGAGCGAGAUAUGGAAGCACUCGAUGAAAAGCUCCUGAACGCUGCCGCAACUGGUGGCAAAGACUUGGUGCGUCAGAUCAUUGCAGACCAUCUCAUCGACAAGACGGGUGCUGAAACUUUCAUGCAGCCAUUUCAGAAUGGAACCAACGUUGUAGCCAUCACAAGAGUGCCUCGUUCGGAUGGCAAGGAAGCCAUGGGUCUCUCGGUGCGGCUGGAUAUUGGGGUCAAAGGUUGGCAAUAUAGCGUCUCGUUGGCGUUGGUGUUGCACCAGUUGAUCAGCCAACAGCACUAUCUCUCCAAGGAUGUCGUCUUUCUGGCAGCAGACAACGGUCUGUCGGGCGCAUUGGCUUUUGUCGAAGAGUACCAUAGCCAUCUGGUGCCUCUGCAUGAUUUUCCGCGGGCUGGCAUCUUGCACGUCAUGCUAAACGUUGAAUGCAACCAAGCACGAUUCUCCUCCCUUGAAGUACAAAUUGAGGGUGCAAAUGGUCUUCUUCCCAAUCUUGACUUGGUCAACGUGCUUAUUCGCUAUGGCGAGUUGCAAAACGUCCCAGUCCGUCUGCCUCGCUCGCAAGUCCGGGUUCCAUCGACCUUUUCCAGCGACAGCCGAUUGAACUGGCUGACACAAAUGCUUGGCAUGAUGGCACGCCAGGCAACUGGGCAACCCACAAAUCUGCACGGAGCCUUCCUCGAAUACCGGAUUGAGGCAGCGACUCUUUCGUGUCGUGGCUCGUCGACUGGCGCCAACUCCCGCGUCAUUGCGGGUCGGCUUUUGGAAGGCACAUUCAAGGCUAUCAGUUUCAUUCACGAACGAUUUCACCAGUCCUUUUUCUUCUACCUCCUUGCGCACGAGCACGGCUACAUUUCGAUUGCCAUGUACUUGCCGCCGCUCGGACUUAUGGUUGCUGGCGCCGUUGUGGGUGCCAUCUCGUUGUGGCUUUCCAGCACCCACGUCGAGCACGCAGCCUCCGAGGCAUCGGGCUCCUCGUCUUCCGGUGCCCGACUUGUUGCGUUUGACUCUUCUCUGCGAGGCUGCGGUCGCGCCGUGGCUGUGCUUGUCGUUGCCCUUCUGUCGUCGGUGCUCAUACUCCUCAUUCCCAGCAGUCUUGUUGUCGGGGCUAUUGAAGCUGCUGCUCCGUUUCUCUCGAGUUGGUCCUACCUGGUGAGCUUUGCCACGUUCUGCACUGCGAGCGGCCGCGCUUUGGUACCACGCAAGUCAACACUCUCGCAUGGCUGCACUGAAUCCUCAAGCGGAGCCCAACGUGAUUCCGCUGCAACUGACUGUCAAGUCCUUCACGCUCAUUGUUUUGAGCGCAGCACUUGUCGCGGUGGGAUGUCUCAACUUUUCUUUUCUCUUGCAAUGGUGCUGGCAAUUCCCAUCUUCCUGUUGGCUGCGCUCGCGCACACACCCGGUACCUCGCCCAAAUUGAUUUACCGGAUUGGGCGACUGCUCCGGCGUGUUGUAGACAUCACGGCCGUCGUGCUGACUUCCCCAGUAGCACUCCUCCUUGUGGUUGGGUUGACGGCCUGUCUGCACAAACAGCCCACCAUCUUUCAUGCCAACGUUGCGACGAACGAAGGCGAGCUGCGGAGGCAGUCCCUGCCAGCACCUCUCGCCACCGUCUUUGCCUAUGGGUGGUCUGUGGCGACCAGUCCCGACCUGCACGUCCAAGUGCUUGAUGCGUCAAACGUGAUUUUGCAUUCCGCCAUUGACGAUUGGCAAGCCCGCGGUCUGGCCUGGACUUGGCCGAUUGUUUGCCUGGUCUAUGUACCACUCCAUGCAACGCUGAGUGCCAUUGCUCUUGCAUGAUGAUGCUUCCGUCCUGUUCAAGGACUUUGUUGGGUUUUGCGCCAUCGUAGCCUGCGAGAAACCACCCAAUUUUUGUUAAGAAAACGCUGAAUGUUGAGUUGUUUGUUUUUGUUUUUUUUUUUUUUUUC